AUGGCAAGGAAGAGAUCCCUGGAACCUCCGUCCUACGAAGAAAAGUCAGAUGCCGCCAAGCUGAAUGAGCGCCUGUUCAAGAAACUGAGAAAAGCUGUCGAUUCCAAUCCGGAGGCCGACCUGCUCUCACUGUUUCCCAAAGAAUAUUCGCAAAGACUUGCAAGACUAGCAAGAUCUCCCAAAAAGAAGAGGACCAUGGCAAGUGAUAAUGGCGUCACGUCUCCCGAGAGUGUUUUGCCUAAACAAGACGACCAUUGGGUUUCCACAUUUCAAGAUGAUAUCCGCUACCUUCUCUCCUCUGACGAUGUUCAGAUUAUGGAUCAACCAUCAUGCUCAGUUCAAGAAUUAAUCAAGAGCAAAAUGGACACGAGCAAUGCCUCUCCCACCAUUGAAACAGAUCCACAAUUCCCCAUGGCUCUGACCAAGCUCAUUCAAGAAGGAGAAGUUAUCAACACAGGCCCUCUUCCGUCCAGAAGAAUGGUAGUGAAGUGUGGUGUUGACACAGUCGCAAAGCUGGUAUGGGGGGCUGAAGAAUUCACCGAGUACACCACACUUCAAUACUUGCUAGAACACAAACCUAGCAUUCCGGCACCCAGACCACGUGGUCUUCUUCGUAUGGGUCGCGUAACAAUAUUCCUCUCUUCCUUCCUGUCAGGACCGACCCUCGAAGCAGUAUGGGCAGAUUUGGGUGCAGAUCAGAAAGCAUCUGUUCGAGACCAACUGGAUGUCAUUUUCCGUGAUCUCAGGACAAUGGAGUUCCCAAAUGGUAUGUCGUUGGGCGGCGUCGCGGGCGAGGGCUGCAAAGACCAAAGGAGACAUCUACGGCGCUGCACAACCCCCGUUUUUGAUGUCAAAGACUUUGAGACUUUCCAAUUUUCUAACCCCAACUAUGGAAGCAAGAUAUUUAUCGACUUCCUCCGCACAUUCACUCCUCGGAGCUCACGUCAAAUUGUCUUCACUCAUGGAGACCUGCGGCCAGCAAAUAUUAUUGUUGACGUCACUGAAGACAAAAGAUGUAUUGUUACUGGUGUCAUUGAUUGGGAAGACAGUGGAUUCUAUCCGGGGACUGGUUUCAGUUCCUUCCGCCAUGCAUCUCACCUCACACUUAUCCUGUAG